GUUUACGUGUGGUUGGAUGCACUUGUGAAUUACUUAACUGUUACGCGGUUCCAAUGGGCCAGUAAGAAACACACCAGUGACAUACCAUGGCCCCCGGAUUUUCAAUUCUUCGGAAAGGAUAUUUUGAAAUUCCAUGCUAUUUUGUGGCCAGCCCUUUUGAUGGCCGUAGACCUACCUCUUCCACGACAUCUAAUCUGCCACGGGCAUCUUUUGGUUGAUGGAGAAAAGAUGUCCAAAAGCCGUGGCAAUGUGAUCGACCCCUUCUCUGAGCGCCUACGCUUAGUGCCAAAGGUAGAUACGCCAGGUCGUGCAGACUCUGAGGGCCUUCGUUAUCUGUUACUUCGAUCUGCUCUUCUGUCUAGUGAUGUUUCAUACAGCCCCGCCCUUGCCAAGCAGGUGAUUAAUUCGGAAUUGGUGAAUUGCCUGGGAAAUUUGCUGUCGCGAAUAACCUCUGUCAGUAUUAAUCCAAAUCAAGCCAUUGUUAGAAUCAACCGUGAAGAAGCUGAAGCGCUUUUCGGUGGAUCCGAUCAAGAUGCGGAACUACUUAAAGGAUGGACGCACUGGCUGCGGCAUUUGAUGAAAUGUGGUGGCAGAAUGGACAGCCUCAUCUGGCCAUAGAACACGUGCUUUCGAUCCUACGAGAAGCUAAUGCCUUUGUCGACCGCCAUAAACCCUGGGACAAAGAAGCUGCUGUGGAGCCAGAGUUCGUGAUUUCAGUGGCAGCCGAAUGUCUUCGAUUGACAGGACUUUUGUUGCGACCGGUAGUUCCGCGUUUAUCAGCUCGCCUACUCCGUCGCCUAGGAGUGGAGAAGGAAGACGAUGCAGAUCACCGCAAACAGCCGCAGGACCGAUAUUUCUGGGACUUGGGAUCAGACAAACGGCCAUUGUUGCAGCGACUCACUUAACUUUCGUCUAGUGUUGUCUGUACAGCUUGAUCUUUUACUGAUUAUUUUCUAGGUUUUUGUGAGCUUACUAGAGCGAACCGGCUAGUGAUUUCCGGAUAUGCUGUAGAACAACAUGAUUGAUUCCGAUGAAAUAUUUUUCAUAACCACGUUGAG